AAAAUAAAAAAACAAAAAAAAAACUCAAUCUGGUGGGUUAAUAAAAGUCAAGUCACCGUCCAUUAUGGCCAUCCCGGAGAGAUUUCACGCCGCCGCCGCCGCCCGUCGGUUAAUAAUUUUAGGCAUGGCAUGUCUCUCCUGUAUGGCCUGGUGCAGCUCUGCCGUUGCACCCAACUUUUUUGGUGACUUCUCCAACGGUCGUGGUCGUUCCCUCGCCGCGGCUGCACCGGCUGCUCCGGCUAAGGCUGGGGCCGCUCCUGAAGCCRCUCCCGCUGGGGACAAUAAGACUGGAGCUGCUCCUGAAGCUGCUAAGGCUGGGGCCGCUCCUGACGCCGCUCCUGUUGGGGCCGCUCCUGACGCCGCUCCUGCUGGGGCCGCUAAGGCUGGACUCGCUCCUGCAGCGGCUGGGGCUACUCCUGUCGGGGCCGCUCCUGUCGGAGCCGCUCCUGCUGGGGCCGCCUCGGGCGGGAAGGUUAUCGAUGUUAAAGUCCAUGGUGCCAUACCUGAUGGCAAGAAAGUUAGCACACAGGCAUUCAUGAAGGCGUGGGUUGAAGCAUGUCGUUCAACUGGACCAACAACGUUGCUUUUCCCGGCGGGGACGUUUCUUAUCGGACCAGUGGUAUUCGCCGGGCCAUGCACCGCCUCGCCYAUGACCGUCGAGAUUCAGGGAACCGUCAAAGCUACAACGGAUAUUUCUGAAUAUUCUGGUCCGGAUUGGAUUCUGUUCGAAUCCAUCAACGAUCUAACGAUCACUGGGAGCGGAACCUUCGACGGGCAAGGUCAGGAAGUAUGGAAGUUCAACGAUUGUAGUCAAAAUCCCCGUUGCGUUCUUCUGGCGCACACAAUCAAGUUAAACAAGGUGAAAAAAGGGUUGGUAGAGCACGUUUCUUCAGUGAACGCCAAAAUAAGCGAGGUCAAUUACAAGAACAUUCGAGGCACGACGAUUUCGGUCGUCCCCGUUUCGUUGCAGUGUAGUGCUAAAGUUCCGUGCGAGGGCGUCAAAUUGGAAGAGAUUGAUAUGUCCUUUGUUGGUUCAGAGAAGAAGAGGGCAGCUUUUGGUAAUUCAUGUUUGAAUGCCAAGAUUACAACCGUAGGAAAACAAAUCCCACCAGCUUGUACUGUCUAA